AUGCGCGAGAUUAUCAGCAUCAACGUCGGUCAGGCUGGUUGCCAGAUUGCCAACUCUUGCUGGGAGCUUUACUGCCUCGAGCACGGUAUCAAGCCCGAUGGUUUCCUCACCGAUGAGCGCAAGGCCGCUGAUCCCGACCACGGUUUCAGCACCUUCUUCUCCGAGACUGGCCAGGGCAAGUAUGUCCCGCGUACCAUCUACUGUGAUUUGGAGCCCAAUGUCGUCGACGAGGUCCGCACCGGUACCUACCGCAGCCUAUUCCACCCCGAGCAGAUGAUUACCGGCAAGGAGGACGCGUCCAACAACUACGCCCGUGGUCACUACACCGUGGGCAAGGAGUUGAUCGACCAGGUGCUGGAUAAGGUUCGCCGCGUUGCCGAUAGCUGCUCUGGUCUCCAGGGCUUCUUGGUCUUCCACUCGUUCGGUGGUGGUACCGGAUCUGGCUUUGGCUCCCUCCUUAUGGAGCGUCUAUCGGUCGACUAUGGAAAGAAGAGCAAGCUGGAGUUCUGCGUCUACCCGGCUCCCCAGACCGCCACCUCCGUCGUUGAGCCUUACAACUCAAUCCUUACUACCCACACCACACUGGAGCACUCCGACUGCUCUUUCAUGGUUGACAACGAGGCCAUUUACGAUAUUUGCCGCCGAAGCCUCGGUCUUGAGAGGCCCAACUAUGAGAACCUGAACCGCUUGAUCGCUCAGGUCGUUUCCUCUAUCACCGCCUCGCUCCGGUUUGACGGCUCCCUCAACGUCGACCUGAACGAGUUCCAGACCAACCUGGUGCCUUACCCCCGCAUCCACUUCCCCCUGGUCGCCUAUUCCCCGAUUGUCUCGGCUGCUCGUGCUGCUCACGAGGCCAACUCGGUUCAAGAGAUCACUAUGUCUUGUUUCGAGCCAAACAACCAGAUGGUCAAAUGUGAUCCUCGCAACGGAAAGUACAUGGCCACGUGCUUGCUGUUCCGUGGUGACGUUGUUCCCAAGGACGCACAUGCGGCUGUUGCCAUGCUGAAGACCAAGCGUAGCAUCCAGUUCGUCGACUGGUGCCCUACUGGCUUCAAGCUUGGUAUCUGCUUCGAGCCUCCUCAACAGGUCCCCAACGGUGAUCUUGCCAAGGUCAACCGCGCUGUCUGCGUUCUCUCCAACACGACCGCCAUCGCCGAUGCCUGGUCAGCCUUGUCCAACAAGUUUGACCUCAUGUACUCGAAGCGUGCGUUUGUCCACUGGUAUGUGGGUGAGGGCAUGGAGGAGGGUGAGUUCUCUGAGGCUCGUGAGGAUCUCGCUGCUCUCGAGCGCGACUACGAGGAGGUUGCUACAGACUCUCUUGGUGAUGAGGAGGGCAUUGAGGCGGAGUACUAG